AUGUGGAUCUUGGAACAUUGGGACGUUGGAUCUUGGAACAUUGGGACAUUGACGGGGAAGUCUAUAGACUUAGUUAAGAUUCUUCAGAAGAGGAAGAUCAAUAUAGCGUGUGUUCAGGAGACUACAUGGAAGGGUACUAGGGCACGAGAUGUAGACGGGUUUAAAAUAUGGUACUCAGGAAGCGCUGGGGGAAAAAAUGGGGUAGGUAUUUUAGUUGACAGGGACCUCAGAGAGCUCGUGGUCGAGGAGGUCAAGAAGCGAUUCUGGGAGGAUUUGGACGAGAUGGUGCAUAGUAUCCCGCACAUAGAGAAGCUGUUCAUUGGUGGAGAUUUCAAUGGCCAUAUUGGGGCUAGUGCUAGGGGUUAUGAUGAUGUGCACGGCAGGUUCGAUUUUAGGGAUAGAAAUGAGGGAGGUAAUUCACUGUUGGAUUUUGUUAGAGCCUUUUAUUUGGUUAUAGCUAACUCGAAUUUUCCGAAGAGGGAAGAGCACCUAGUCACUUUCCGGAAUUCAAUAGGAAAGACUCAGAUUGAUUAUCUUCUCGGCAGGAAAUGCGAUAAAGGUCUGUGCACUGAUUGCAAGGUCAUCCCAAGUGAGUACUUCACGACCCUACAUAGGCUCCUAGUUAUGGAUCUGGAGAUGAAGAGGAGUAGGAAGAAGAGGACGGUGUACAGGCAACCUAAGAUCAAGUGGGGUAACUUGACCAAGAACAAAGCUCAGGAGUUAGGGGAGAAGUUGUUGGCUAUGUGGGCCUAG